ACCCUCUGGUGGCCUGGCCCGCGUGCGCGCCCACUCUCGCACUCUGCCCGCUCCAGGGGACCAAACUCUGAGAGACAGCGACGGCCAUCAUAGAACAGCGGAGGCAAUCGAUCGGCCUGCCGUCAGCUUCGGCAUUCGCAAGCCGCAGGCAAGAAGCUCCCCCGCAACGGCCCGCGGCUCGCGCAGCUCUGCAGAGAGAGCGUGGCGGCAAGGCCAACACCCAUUGGUCCGCCAUAGCCCUCCGCCCUCCCCCUCGCCACGGUUAUUGGCCGGAGCGGGGGCGCCCGCCGGGUAGGCGGUGGCGGCGUCCCUCCCUUGCGCCCGCCCUCAAGAGGGCGACGAGGAAGCGGCCGCCUCCCUGCGCCCCGCCUCUCCUGCUCGCUCGCUGGCUCCCGGCUCCUCCCGACGUCUCCCAGCUCCUCCACGGCUCUUCCCGGCGCUCUCCUGGCUCCCUCCUGCUCCGGCUCCGUCUCGGCGGCGGCGGGCAGUUGCAGCAGUGCAGAAUGGCCGACCUCAGUCUUGCAGAUGCAUUAACAGAGCCGUCUCCAGACAUUGAGGAAGAGAUAAAGCGAGACUUCAUUGCCACACUAGAGGCAGAGGCCUUUGAUGAUGUUGUGGGAGAAACUGUUGGAAAAACAGACUAUAUUCCUCUCCUGGAUGUUGAUGAGAAAACCGGAAACUCAGAGUCAAAGAAGAAACCAUGCUCAGAAACUAGCCAGGCUGAAGAUACUCCAUCUUCUAAACCAACACUGCUAGCCAAUGGUGGUCAUGGAAUAGAAGGGAGCGAUACUACAGGGUCUCCAACUGAAUUCUUUGAAGAGAAAAUGGCCUACCAGGAAUACCCAAAUAGCCAGAACUGGCCAGAAGAUACCAACUUUUGUUUCCAACCUGAGCAAGUGGUCAAUCCUAUCCAGACUGAUCCCUUUAAGAUGUACCAUGAUGAUGACCUGGCAGAUCUGGUCUUUCCCUCCAGUGCAGCAGCCGAUACUUCAGUAUUUGCAGGACAAAAUGAUCCCUUGAAAGGCAGUUACGGUAUGUCUCCUUGCAACACAGCUGUUGUACCUCAGGGGUGGUCUGUGGAAGCCUUAAACUCUCCACACUCAGAGUCCUUUGUUUCCCCAGAGGCUGUUGCAGAACCUCCUCAGCCAACAGCAGAGCUAGCCAAGGAGAUAGAAAUGGCAUCAGAAGAAGAGAGGCCACCAGCACAAGUGUUGGAAAUAAUGAUGGGACUGAAGACUACUGACAUGGCACCAUCUAAAGAAACAGAGAUGGCCCUCACCAAGGACAUGGCACUAACUACAAAAACAGAGGUGGCAUUGGCUAAAGAUAUGGAAUCACCCACCAAAUUAGAUGUGACACUGGCCAAGGACAUGCAGCCAUCCAUGGAAUCAGAUAUGGCCCUAGUCAAGGACAUGGAACUGCCCAUAGAAAAAGAAGUGGCCUUGGUUAAGGAUGUCAGAUGGCCCACAGAAACAGAUGUGUCUUCAGCCAAGAAUGUGGUACUGCCCACAGAAACAGAGGUAGCUCCAGCCAAGGAUGUGACACUGUUCAAAGAAACAGAGAGGGCAUCUCCUAUAAAAAUGGACUUGGCCCCUUCCAAGGACAUGGGACCACCCAAAGAAAAAGAGAUAGACCCAGCCAAGGGUUUGGUAUUACUCUCAGAAAUAGAGGUGGCACAAGCUAACGACAUUAUAUCAUCCACAGAAAUAUCCUCUGCUGAAAAGGUGGCUUUGUCCUCAGAAACAGAGGUAGCCCUGGCCAGGGACAUGGCCCUGCCCCUGGAAACCAAUGUGAUCUUGACCAAGGAUAAAGCACUGCCUUUGGAAGCAGAGGUGGCCCUAGUCAAGGACAUGGCUCAACUCCCAGAAACAGAAAUGGCCCUGGGCAAGGAUGUGGCUCCGUACACAGUAAAAGAAGUGGGCUCAUUGAAGGACAUGUCUCCACUGUCAGAAACAGAAAUGGCUCUGGGCAAGGAUUUGACUCCACCUCCAGAAACAGAAGUAGUUCUCAUCAAGAACGUAUGUCUGCCUCCAGAAAUGGAGGUGGUCCUGACUAAGGAUCAGGUCCCAGCCCUCAAAACAGAAGCACCCCUGGCUAAGGAUGGGAUUCUGACCCUAGCCAACAAUGUGACUCCAGCCAAAGAUGUUCCACCACUCUCAGAAACAGAGGCAACACCAGUUCCAAUUAAAGACAUGGAAAUUGCACAAACACAAAAAGGAAUAAGUGAGGAUUCCCAUUUAGAAUCUCUGCAGGAUGUGCGGCAGUCAGCUGCACCUGCUUUCAUGAUUUCACCAGAAACCGUCACAGGCAUGGGGGAAAAGUGCAGCUUGCCAGCCGAUGAGGAUUCUGUGUUAGAAAAACUAGAGGAAAAGAAACCAUGCAACAGUCAACCUUCUGAGCUUUCUUCAGACACCUCAGCCAACUUCAUGUAUUGCGGUACCCCUCCCACACAAGCCAAACAAGUUUGCAGACCCAGUGACCGCAGGUCAGCACGGCCCAAGCCUGCCAGGGUCCCUCCUGAGCUGCUGGGAGGCUCUCCUCCGUGGAAGACUCUUGAUCACAGGCUGGGCCACUGCUCUUUGUCUGAGUCAGGUUGGGUCUCUGGUUCGUCCUCCUGUGGUGGGCCUGGGAACCAAAGAAAAAGUAUUCAUGUUGACUCACUUGAACCCCAGAGGAAUCUUGGCAGGGAGGCCUGGGAUAUAGAAAGCACACCAAUAAUGAUGAAGAAAAAGAAGAAGAAACCAAAGCAAAAGAGAUAUUCUCAACCCCGGGCUGGAGGACCUUGGGAUGAUGACAAUGCAGAUAAACCUAAAGGUCAUACCUUUGCAGCUGACACACAAAAAUCAGGUGUUCUCCCCAGCCAGCCUACCACUAUGGGUACAGAAUAUGGACUUGUAUCUGGAGAAAACUUGAAAAGGGAAUGUGUAGUUAACUCCAGUGCAGCCAGAUUGGUAACUGAGAACUUUGUCUCAGAGAGUCUCAGAAUUCCUUUAUAUCCUUCAGAGGAAACCCCCAAAACUGCGGUAAGUUAUCAGUCUAAGCUGAGAGUAGAGGAAGAGAGCAAAGGUAACAAGUCAGUACCACAAGGCCAAAACAAGAAAUUGCUGAAGCAACGUGAACACAGACCACAGCCUGCACCCCACCUGAAGACUCCUAUAGAUAAAAGCCAGUCAGUAGGCCCUCUCAAUCUGAAAGGACCCCUAGCAGAAGUUUCUGCAUACAAUGUAGAAACUCCUUUGGAUAUCAGACUCAAAGAGGGUUGCUCUCCUAUCUUGGACCAAGAGGUUAUGGGUGUAGUUUCAAAACCCACAGCAGCAAAAGAAAUGCCAAAUUUGAUACCCACUUUGAUAGCAAGUAAUCCAUUAGAAUGUAAUCUAAAAGAAGGGAAUAAUGAAAGUAAAAUGACUAAACUGCAGAAUGUCAAACUGAAGGAGUUUCCUGAAGGAGCUGAAGAGGAUAAAGAACUAAAAAAGGAAGCUCUUCCCAACCAAAGACAAGAGAUCAGCAUCUUUACUUCUGAGCAGCUGCAGGGCCAACUGUUGGUACAGGUCCCUGGGGUAGAGAAUGAACCAUUUAAGAGAAUGGCAGGUGAUGGCAAAAGCAGGAAGGGAAGGGGAAGUUCUGGGAAAAUGAGAAGAGACUCUGGGAAGGUAAAAGCAAAAUCUGAGAUGCCAUUUCCUCUGGACAGUCAGAAGGACGGAAGGGCUGUUCCCAUACCGAGUGAACCAGUCUCUAAAACUGAAGGAAUGACUACUCAGGAUAAGAGUGAGGAGCUGGGGCUGAAUUCUUCAAAGCAACCAGGCACUAAGGCUGAUCUCACGGAGGCAGUGGUGAUGGGGGAGCCUAAAGAGAUGACUCAGCCUAAGGUGGCAGGCACCAUGCAGGCAUUGAUUCCUUUGGAAAGUGGAUCAGGCAUGACUCAGACUUCUGGUUUUAGGACAGAAACAGGAGAUGUAGUCAAAGAUAUGGGUGUCAGUAACCAGAGCAAGGAAGGAAAGUGUCCAUGGAAGGAUCAUGAGGCAGCUCCCUGGAUCUCUGAAAAGCCUAAAAAGAGAGGCAAUGAAGGCAAGAGCAAAAAGUUUAAAAAUAGUUAUUCCACACAGCCUGCUAGAAUGGAGAGGAAGGAAGAAAUCCUCAACCCACCUUUUGAAGGGAAGGAUGGAGAUGCUGGUAGUAUUCCCCAUAAAAGCAAGGAAAUUGGAUUUACUUUCCCCAAAAUGCAUGAUUCUUUGUUCUCACAUACACCAGAUACACCCACAGUGGAAGUAGUUGACAGGAAGGGUGGAAAUUUUGAGGUUAAUUUUGUUGAGCUUGGGACUCUUGGGGAAAACAAAAUAAGCACAGUCAAGGCUUCUGCUGUUACUGAACCACCUGCCAAGGUGACAGAUGUGAGCUGCCAAGAGCAAAUCCAGGGGGCAGGAUUUGUUCCUUCAGUAGUAUCUGAGGAGAAUAAGACAGAUGCAGCCAAUAGAUACACUUCAGUGGCUGACAAACCAAGUAAAAGGAUUAAUGAUGGAAAAAGUAAAAAGGUUAAAAAUAGUUCUCCUGAGAAGCAUAUUCUGGAGAAUAAGAUAGAUGCAACAAAAAUACAUGUUCCCAUGGAAACCACAGGGGACCAGGGAAUUGAAGGAAUGGCCUAUAUGGACGAAAAUAGAAAUAUUACAUUUACCUGUCCCAGAACACCAUCAGAGCUGAUAAAUAAAUCAUCUCCUCUAAAAGUUCUGGAAUCAGCAGCCUGUGAAAAACUGCCCACUCCUACUCUUCAAGUAGUUAAGGAAGGUGAUUCCUUUCCAGAUACCUUGGCAAAAAAUGGGCAAGAGAUAGCCCCAGCCCAGAUUUCCAAAUUAUUAAUGUUAGAUAACUACACCAAAGAUGGAGUCCCAGAUCAAGAAAGACCCAAGGCUCCCUCUGCUGUUGUGCCCUCUACAAGCACAGGAGGAGUUGCUCUACCUAUUACAGCAGCCAUAGAAACAGUUAACAGUCAUGGAGAUCACUCUCUUAAAAAUAAAGCUGAGCUUGCUGAUUCCAUGAAAAAUGAAGCAGGGAUUGCUGAAGGGCAUGUGGUAGGAGAAUCUGAGUCAGUGGACAAUGGUGUGUCUAAGCAUUCAGUAGAGAAAGUCACAGAGCUAGCAAAAGGUCACCUUCUUCCUGGAGUGCCAGUAGAAGACCAGAGCCUACCAGGAGAGGCCAGAGCCCUAGAAGCAUAUGCAGAUAGAGGUAAUUUCCCAGCACAUCCAGUAAACGAAGAGAAAGAGACUAAAGAAGGGUCUGCUCCAGUUCAGAUUCCUGACUUACUGGGAGACAAAGCACAAAAACUCAGUUUUUGUCAGGACCAAAAUGCUCAAGAUAGAAAUUCCAAAGGUUCAGAUAGUUUGAAUAGGAAGGUAGAUCUGACUCUUUUGUCUCCAAAAAGUGAAAAUGAUAAAUUGAAAGAAAUUAGUCUGGCUUGUAAAAUCACGGAAUUGGAAAGUGUUUCCUUGCCAAUACCAGAAAUCCAGUCAGAUUUCUUAUAUAGCAAAGUCGAAGCUCCUCCUUCAGAGGUGGCGGAUAAGUUAGUAAUAAUGACUGCUUCCAAGGGUGUUCGACUCCCAGAACCCAAAGAUAAGAUUUUGGAGACACCUCAGAAAAUGACAGAAAAAUCUGAAUCAAAGACACCAGGAGAAGGGAAAAAGGAAGAUAAAAGCAGAAUGGCAGAACCAAUGAAAGGCUACAUGAGACCCACCAAGUCCCGAGGACUUACUCCACUUUUGCCAAAGUCUACAAUCCAGGAACAAGAGAGAUACAAGCAACUGAAGCCCACUGGUGGUAUUAGAGCUCCAGGAGCGAAAGCAGGGAGAGCAGUGGAAGAGACGAUGUCGCUCUCAGACAAGCAGACAGCCUCUCUCACUGCCGCGUACGGUCAGCUCAAUAAGAGCAAGCCUGCGGAGUGCCGAAUGGACUCCCCAAAAGAAAUCAGUCAAGCCGGAUUCGAAUGGCAGAGGACAGAGGGCAAACUGAAUGAAAUUGGGCUGAAUGUCAGCAUGGACGGGCAACCGAAAGAUGGGCUUGUGAAGAAUGCCAGCUUCCUGGAGCAGAAUAAGCUCUGCUUUUUUGAGGGGAAGCUAGACAAAGAGCUCAGCAUUGAAGUGCAGGACAAGGACUAUCAAGCAGCCUCGGGUCACCUUGAGAGCAGGUAUGUGAUUUCAGAGACCUACCAUCCCUUGGAGGGGAACUCGGUACACCAGAAGACGUCCGAGUUCCAUCUGGGACUCAUAGAGGGGCCAGACAAAAACAAAACCAUUCCAGUUCAGGGGAAGGUGGCAGGGAAGAAUGGACUAGAGACCAAGAGCCAGUCAGAUCUAGAUUUCCCUGGGGCUGCUGACAUCCCUACCAGGUAUGCUAAGGAGCAGGAAACCAGUGUUUGGAACCCCAACUUUCAUCCAGUGGCUCAAGGCCCUCUGGGCUCAAGGGAAGCAACUCCGGGAGAGAUGAAGAAUAGCAUCAUCCCUGGCUGCCCAGUGAUUGGGGUGGUAAAUAACUCUGAGCAGCUGAAAUGUGAGUCCCCACUCCUGGUGUCUCUAGCCCACCCAGCCCCCAUUAUUGAGCAUUCACCCACCACCAUUCCGCCAAUCACUAUGGUGUUCACCCAGGAACAUUUGAAUGCAAGCUCUCACAUCAGAGACCGUGAUAAAGAGUUGGAGAAAUUGAGUUCUACCGAGGAGGAAGCUAUGCUCAACCAAGCCCCCCAGCAGAAAAAGACAGUGCGCAGGGCCCUGUCUGAAUGUUCUCACCUCUCAGUUCCCCCAGCUGUCAACCUUGCAGAUAAGUACCCUGAACUCCCUGCCCGAGAAGAACCUUCUUCUGGCCUGCUGCCUCCCCCUAGUAGCCCAAUGUCUAGUCCUAUGCCUGGGAAACUGGGAGCUCCUGCUAUGAAGCGCUCCAUGACUGUGGGUGAGGAACAGACAGCUAGCUACAAAUUGAGCCCUGGGAAACUGUGCAUCUUGUCUACUAAAGAGAUACCUCCUUUCAUCUGCGAGGAACCAGUGGCCAAGAAGAGAGAAGAAUUGGCCCACUUCAGCAACAGCAGCAGCAACUCUGGGAAGAAGGAACUCGGCACUGCUGGAUUAUAUCUCCAUAGUAAGCUGGAGCAGAUUCCUGAAGGAAGCAGCAAGGAAAAAGGGCAGGAAGAUAUUAGUGAAACUAGAAUUGAUUCAUGCUCCCAGGUCUGCCAGCGAGGAGAGAAACAGCCAGGACAGACAGCUCUGGCAGGGAAGAAAGAAAUUGAGGUCACUGCAACCCAGAGCACUCCAUCGUUUCUGUGUGAAGAGCCCCCACGUGAUGGAAUAGCCAGGCCGGAAGAAGGGAGGCCUGCUGUGAGUGGGACCGGAAAUGACAUCACCACCCCACCGAACAAGGAGCUCCCACCAAGCCCAGAGAAGAAAACAAAGCCUUUGGCCACCACUCAACCUGCAAAGACUUCAACAUCGAAAGCCAAAACACAGCCCACUUCUCUCCCUAAGCAGCCAGCUCCCACCACCAGUGGUGGGUUGAAUAAAAAACCCAUGAGCCUUGCUUCAGGCUUAGUACCAGCAGCCCCACCCAAACGCCCUGCCGUCGCCUCUGCCAGGCCUUCCAUCUUACCUUCAAAAGACGUGAAGCCAAAGCCCAUUGCAGAUGCAAAGGCUCCUGAGAAGCGGGCCUCACCAUCCAAGCCAGCUUCUGCCCCGGCCUCCAGAUCUGGAUCCAAGAGCACUCAAACUGUCACAAAAGCCACAACAGCUACCGCUGUUGCCUCAACUGGCCCAAGCAGUAGGAGCCCCUCCACGCUCCUGCCCAAGAAGCCCACUGCCAUUAAGACUGAGGGAAAACCUGCAGAAGUCAAGAAGAUGACUGCAAAGUCUGUACCAGCUGACUUGAGUCGCCCAAAGAGCACCUCCACCAGUUCCAUGAAGAAAACCACCACUCUCAGUGGGACAGCCCCCGCUGCAGGGGUGGCUCCCACCCGAGUCAAACCCACACCCAUGCCCUACCGGCCCUCCACGACUCCUUCCAUAGACAAGAAGCCCACCUCGGCCAAGCCCAGCUCCACCACCCCCAGGCUCAGCCGCCUGGCCACCAAUGCUUCUGCUCCUGAUCUGAAGAAUGUCCGCUCCAAGGUUGGCUCCACAGAAAACAUCAAGCAUCAGCCUGGAGGAGGCCGGGCCAAAGUAGAGAAAAAAACAGAGGCAGCUGCUACAACCCGAAAGCCUGAAUCUAAUGCAGUCACUAAAACAGCCGGCCCAAUUGCAAGUGCACAGAAACAACCUGCGGGGAAAGUCCAGAUAGUCUCCAAAAAAGUGAGCUACAGCCAUAUUCAGUCCAAGUGUGGUUCCAAGGACAAUAUUAAGCAUGUCCCUGGAGGUGGUAAUGUUCAGAUUCAGAACAAGAAAGUGGAUAUCUCUAAGGUCUCCUCCAAGUGUGGGUCUAAAGCUAACAUCAAGCACAAGCCUGGUGGAGGAGAUGUCAAGAUUGAAAGUCAGAAAUUGAACUUCAAGGAGAAGGCCCAGGCCAAGGUGGGAUCCCUUGAUAAUGUGGGCCACCUACCUGCAGGAGGUGCCGUGAAGACUGAGGGCGGUGGCAGCGAGGCUCCUCUGUGUCCGGGCCCCCCUGCUGGGGAGGAGCCGGCCAUCUCUGAGGCAGCGCCUGAAGCUGGCGCCCCCACUUCAGCCAGUGGCCUCAAUGGCCACCCCACCCUGUCAGGGGGUGGUGACCAAAGGGAGGCCCAGACCUUGGACAGCCAGAUCCAGGAGACAAGCAUCUAAUGAUGACAUUCUGGUCUCGUCUUCCGUCUCCCCCGUGUUCCCCUCUUGUCUCCCCUGUUCCCCUCUCCCUUCCCUCCUCCCAUGUCACUGCAGAUUGAGACCUACAGGCUGAUGUUCCGGGCAAACGCCAAGGCCCGCACCGACCAUGGGGCCGACAUUGUCUCCCGUCCCCCACAUUUCCCUGGCGGCCCCAACUCGGGCUCCCGGGUCCUUGGCCCCCUUUCCCGGACUGUCCACUAGACCAGUGAGCGCUUGGGCGCCGGGCAGCCCGCUAGGCUCGCCUUCCCUCCUGCUUAGCAGCAGCAGCCCCACCCCACACCUCCUCUCCCGCUCCAGCCCAGGCCCAGCUCCCUGCUUUGGUCUUGCCCCAUCACUGUGCCACUGCUCCGUGGAGGAGGUUGGGAGGGGGUUGGGGUGGCUGAGGCUAAGUUGGGAUCUAGGAGAGGAGAACUAGAUUCCACCCUCAUCUUUGUUUGGUUCUUUGGUCCAAACCCAAAAGAAACUGACAUGCCCUCCCUCCUUCCUGGAUCUACCUGGAGGGAAGAGUGGAGGCGGAUUUUGAGUGGUGACAGGAUGCUGACUGUGGCGCUUAAGCCACUACCUCUCCCUUUGGCGCCACGAAUGCGCACCUCCCCCCCCCCCAUGCAGGUGGUGUCGGGCCCUUCUUGCUGCCCUGGCCCAAGUUGGGGGUCAGUGCUGCCUGUCGGGCCCUUCUUGCUGCCCUGGCCCAAGUUGGGGGUCAGUGCUGCCUGUCCCCAUGCUUAACAUACCCGCCUAGCUGCUGUCACAUUUUUCUUGUUUUGUCCUUUUAUUUUUUUUCUAAUAACCUAAAAACUGGCGAAAUAGUUCUGCAGGUUGAAGCCAUGUCUAUAUGAAAGUCCUCAGUAAGUGUUAGAGGGAACAGGGCGGAGAGAUCCUUACGCCACCCCCGCUGGAGGAUGUGGGCAGCUUAGGGCCCUGGAGGCGGUGCAGCAGGGAAGAGGGGUGCAGAGGCUGUGGCUGGUGAGCCGGUCAGGCACACAAGGGGCUCUUGGAGCGUGCACUGGUUGGUUUUGCCAUUUUGUGUGUAUGCUGCUUUUCUUUUCUAACCAAGAGGCUGGUUUUGGCAUCUCUUUCCCAUUCCCUGGGAUCUGGUGGUCAGCCCUAGGAUAUAAAGCCAGGGCUGGAGAACAAGAAAGGGCCAGGAGAUGGAAUUCCUUCAGGCCGGCACCCGCACCCUAGGACAUGCAAGCCCUCAUGUCCAGGGGAGCCUCAUGCGGAUAGUGGGAAAUCAGGUCUGGAAAUUUAAAAAUAAAAGGCAUGAGACUAAGGCCAUCUGCUUCCCUUAUGCCCUGACUGGAGAGGGGAGGGAGGAGAGGCGAGGCCCACAGAGGGCAUCCCAGCUAGGCCUUGGGAUGGCUGCAGUGAGGAGAAAUCCUGGGAACUGUAUUGACACAAAGAUUCUUAUUGCACUUGUAUUUUUUGUAUUAAAGUUUGCAUGGUUUCUAAUAAAGGAUUCAAACAUAAGUUUGUAGUGAAAUGGCCUGGAAGAUUCCAAGGGCUUCUCUGGAGGGGACUGGCUACAGUGUAGAUUUGCCUCUGAGGCUGCCCCAGACUUGGCCUCCUGAGGCCCCUCCUGACCUCUGCCCUUCUCUGGUCCUCGAAUCCCUUGGAGCUGGAGACGGUAGGGGUCUUGACUUAGGUUUAGAUUUGAUGUCCAUGUGCAGGGAGGCAGUCCUGGGCCUGACAGGUCCUCCCCCUUUCUGAGGUAGCAGUGCCUUAUGGAGGUUUGGCACCAUGUCCCUAGCUCCCCAGGCACACACCAGGAAACUGCAGGGUCUCACAGAGGAAGUGCUGCCUGGGCCAGGGGGACCAGCUUUCCUCCAUAGAGACCAUGUGCAGAACACUUCCGUUGUGCCCAGAACAUGAGGGAGCCAGUGUUUCGUCAGCAGGAGGAAGGCCCUGCUGGGAUGAAAGUGAGAAGGAAACAGUGAGGGUUGGAUAGUCAGGAGACACCACAGGGGCAACAGCACAGGCCCAGAGUACCUGAUGCCUCUGCUGCGUCUGUCCCGGGGUCAUGAGGAUGCUGAGGUUGACGACAGGUUCCAGGUCCUUUCGUUCCUUUGGCCAAGGGUUGGGGGGAGGUGGCCCAAGUGGCAUGCUUUCUAGGUAAGACAAUAGGAGUGGUCAGAGUCCCCUCGAAGGAUCCUGCACACCAGAGCACCUGAGAAGGCCAGGACCAGAGGCCCUGUGUGAUGUGUACUCCGCAGCCAUUUGGGGUGGGACAUUUCUGUACUUCCCGAUUUGCUUAUGGCUCAGACAUUACCUGUGUCAGUCUGUGAUUCUGUUGUAACAGUUUUAAGAGUAAAUAAAGCUGCCUGAUGUCCCAUCA